GUGGUUAGGUCGGAGGUGAUCACCACCACACACACUUUUUCUACCCCAGCCAUAGUAGACUGUCGCCGCGCUUUAUUUUGCUGCCUACAGGCGGCCCGAGGUUCCCCCUUCAUCUCCAGGACAACCAGUAAACGCUAAAGGAAUUCAUCUCGGCAUAUACACAGGCCUCCAGUGGAUCCAGGCUUCCAGUGGCACCAGCACGCACCCUUGUUUACUGGAUCACUGGUUCACUGAUCCCUGAGAGAGCAUUUCUCCAUCCUUCCCAAAGGUUUAUACGUUAAGCCAUUUCCACUUAGGACUUCUCCCUGAACGCUUUCCUGCUUCCGUUCUCGGGACGUCACGAGUUUUAGGACACUGGAGGUAAAUCGUGACUUGACGCGCUGAGGACCUGCUCCAGACUGCGUGCAGAUGGAUGGAGAGGGACAGAGGGGAGUCUAUCAACUUCUCCGCUUUCUCCCAAUGAGAUCACUUUGAGAUCUGAGUUGUAGGUGCUCGCGCUGAUCAGAGAUGUUCACCCCAGCGUCUCUAAACGACACUUUUAUUUCCCCGACCUCUUCCCCGGCUAAUACCCCUACAGAUCAGCUCACAGCAGUCAUGAUUUCAUUAUCUUGUCUGGUGGUUGUUGUCCUGCUUGUCCUGCUGGGGUCUGUCAUCUACUGCAAACUCCCGUUCUGCUGUAAAUCACGGGCUUAUCAAGACUCACAUGCUGACUUGGAGCCUUCCUCUCAGCACUACAGCAGCAGGCAGACGUUAGUGGGCUCACCUUGUACUGAUUUACCCCCUUCCCUUGAAACCCUUGAUAACAUCAACCCACGGUCAGGGCAGCUGUUUUAUGUGGGCGUGUCUAACACAUACUGCCUUCCACCUAUGGACCUGUCUAUACCUCAUCUGCCCUCUUAUGAGAGCGUGCGUAAGAAGGACAGACAGCGGCAGAUCCACAUGAUGAUCGCAGACCGCUUUGGUCUGAAUGGACCCGCGGCAUCAGCCGAGGAGCCGCCCACAUACGAGGAGACCGUUCGCCAAACUCUUCAGUCUCUUCAGACCCAAGACGCCCCAUUUAACCCCAUACCACCACCAUCGAGGCCACCAUUGGUUCCCCCUCAGCCCAUGGAUGCAUUGCCUCAGUAUGAGGAACUAGCACACAGUACUACCUCACCAGAUACUGAUAAUGACCCUCAGCCAAGGGAUUCAGAGUAAUGAAGGAGAAUUAAUCUGAUAUUGUCUCUCCAGUGAUGCUGAUGGACAAAUGAAAAACUAUUGUUGUUUUCAAACAAUGUGGAAUAUGGCAAUAUCUGGUUUAACUGGUGCAGCAGCUCAAAGGCCAAAGAAGUGAAAAAGAAGAAGUUUUACACAAGCACAGUAACACAGAUACAAAGCCAUGAGGAAAAUGCAACCAGUAUUCAGGUAAAUCCAAGACAGACAAAUUCCAGCUAUGGAAAAAAAAAAGACAACCAUCAUUCAGCCUUAUCAAAUGUGACUAAACUUGCUCAGGUGCCUUUAAAAUCGGGAUCUGCUGGAGAAAGAGAUGAUUGCUAUUGUUUUCUCGUAUAUUUCUUUUGUAUAUAUAUUCUUGCUUUUCCUGAUCCCUUGUAAUUCAGGUUUUUUUUUUUUUUCUUUUGUUUAAUCACAACUCCUGCUGAAUUAGUAAUACGACACUACUAUUGUGUCCUCAUAAAUAUGAGUUACAUGUGAUCGGGUAUCAUGUCUCGGUUCAAGAAAUUGUAAAAUAAUCCAAGAUGUGCUGUUAUUUUGAUCUCUAGCCACAUUUUUACAAAGCAUGGCUGAAACCAUGUCAAACUAUUAUUAGGUCAGAGAAAGCAUCAGAGGUGGAGCUUGGGUUGGGCUACCAAAUGUAUCUAUUAAAGCCCUGAAUGUUUUUAUUA